GUGUUUCCGGCACGACAUGCGCCGAUUUGACUUCCGGUAUUUUCUUUGAACUUUAUUAAAAUCUACGUUUAAAGUUUGAACUUUAUUUAGUACAUUAAAUAAUAAUGAAUUACAUUAAAAUACAUAAUUACCUUUAUAGCCCUUUUAUAUAAACUUAUGCUAUAAGUCGUAUUCUUUUUCGUGAAAAGUGAUUUCUGUGUGUUAACUUGACAUAUGUCAAGAUGACAUCGAUGACACAUAAGUAGUGGCUCAUAUUUUUAUUACUAAUUUAUAUUUUUAUUUUAAGAAAAUGGUGUAAUAAUAUCUGAUAAAGAAUAAGAUACUGCAUUUAAUGCAAAAUACUAAUAAUGGCUAACACAGGUGUCUUACCCUUCGUUAGAGGGGUCGACUUUACUAGAAAUGAUUUUAGUGGAGAUAGAUUUCCUUGUGCUGUAAGUUCUAUGACUGGGGUGCAAUGGCUGAAAUUAGAUCGUACAAAUUUAGAAGAAAUCCCAAAAGAAAUGGGUAAUCUUCUAAAACUAGAACACCUGUCUUUAACUAGGAAUCAUCUUGAGAAACUAUAUGGAGAACUGACUGAAUUAAACUGUUUACGGACACUGAACUUAAGACAUAAUAAUAUUAAAACUUCUGGUAUUCCUGCAGAGCUUUUUCACUUGGAAGAAUUAAGUACUUUGGAUUUUAGCCAUAAUAAUUUAAAAGAAGUUCCAGAAGGUUUAGAUAAAGCUAAAUCUUUGCUAGUUUUGAAUUUGAGUAACAAUCAAAUUGAAUCAAUUCCCAAUUCACUGUUUAUAAAUUUAACAGACUUAUUAUUCUUGGAUUUAAGUGAAAAUAAUUUAGAAACUCUUCCACCACAGACUAGGAGGCUUGCUAAUUUACAAACAUUAAUUUUGAAUAACAAUCCUUUGGGUCAUUUUCAGCUUAGACAACUACCUUCGUUACUUAAUUUAGAAACUUUACAUAUGAGAAACACCCAAAGAAAUUUGAAUAAUUUCCCUACAAACUUAGAGAAUUUAAUCAACUUGACAGAUAUUGAUUUGGCCCAGAAUAACCUGCCCAAAGUACCUGAUGCCUUAUAUUCAUUGCCAAAUUUGAAAAGACUCAAUUUGAGUGAAAAUGAAAUCAAUGAACUUUCUUCAGCUAUGGAAACUUGGCAAAAAUUAGAAACCCUAAAUUUAUCCCAUAAUCAAAUCUCUUAUCUUCCGGCUUCUUUAUGUAAAUUAACAGCAUUACGUCGUUUCUAUAUCAAUGAUAAUCAAUUAGAUUUCGAAGGAAUACCAUCUGGAAUUGGAAAAUUAGGGAAUCUAGAAUUGUUCUCAGCUGCAAAUAACAGGAUUGAAAUGAUUCCAGAAGGACUCUGCAGGUGUGGAUCAUUGAAAAAGCUGAACCUAAGCUCAAAUAGACUAAUAACAUUACCAGAUGCUGUACAUCUUCUAACAGAUUUGGUUACCUUGGAUUUGAGGAAUAACCCUGAUCUAAUUAUGCCACCAAAACCCGUUGAAGCUACAAGAGGAGCUGGAAUUGAAUUUUACAACAUCGAUUUUUCUUUGCAAAAUCAACUUAGACUUGCAGGAGCACAUGUACCAGCUCCAACACCCGUACAAAAUCCAAGUAAAGAUCCCAUAGCAAGAAAAAUGCGCUUGAGAAAAGGAAGGAGAGAUCAUGAGGAAGCAGAUCAGGAUCAAGCAAAAAUUUUGAAAGGUAUGAAGGAUAUUGCUAAAGAAAAAAACAGAAGUAUCCAGGAAGACACUAAGGUAGAAUCUUUAAAACCGAAACGUUGGGAUGAAGCUUUGGAAAAACCCCCUCUUGACUAUUCAGAAUUUUUUGAGGAAGAAGCUGGGCAAGUUGCCGGUCUUACUAUAUGGGAAAUUGAAAAUUUCCUACCAAACCGCAUAGAUGAAGUAGCAUAUGGAAAAUUUUACGAAGGCGAUUGUUAUAUUGUACUAAAAACUUCUUUAGAUGAAAAUCAGUCGCUUUCUUGGGAAAUAUAUUUUUGGAUUGGAGGAAAAGCAUCACUAGAUAAAAAAGCAUGUUCUGCGAUACAUGCAGUUAACUUAAGAAACUAUUUAGGAGCCCAAUGUCGAACAAUCAGAGAAGAACAAGGUGAAGAAUCAGAAGAAUUUUUGAGUCUUUUUGAAACUUCUAUAACCUAUAUUGAAGGAGGCCGAACUUGCAGUGGGUUUUACACAGUUGAAGAUAUGAACUUUGAAACAAGAUUAUAUAGAGUCCACCCGGCUGGACCUUCAGUUCAUUUAGAACCUGUAUCAGUUUCGGUAUCUUCUUUAGAUCCUAGAUUCGUAUUUAUAUUGGAUACUGGAAUGAUUAUAUUUGUUUGGAAUGGUAAAAAAGCGAAAAACACGUUAAAAUCAAAAUCUAGAUUAAUGUGUGAAAAGAUCAACAAAAACGAAAGAAAGAACAAAGCAGAAAUUAUUACAGAAGCAGCUGGUAGUGAAAGUAAAGAUUUUUGGAAACAUUUAGGUAUAGAAGAUGGGUUGCCACCAGAAGAACCACUUAAGGAACAUGUCGAUCCAGACUUUGUUCCUGUGCCUCCGAGACUUUAUCAAGUACAGUUGGGAAUGGGUUAUUUAGAACUACCGCAAGUUGAAUUGCCCCAAGGCAAAAUAGUAAAUACGGUACUUUUAAGUAAAAACGUGUAUAUAUUAGAUUGCUACUUAGAUGUUUUCGUGUGGAUUGGUAAGAAAUCUACUAGACUUGUAAAUGCCGCUGCUGUCAAAUUAUCAGAGGAAUUGUUCAAUAUGAUAGACAGACCGGAUUACGCACGAGUUACAAGAGUCAGAGAAGGAACCGAAACUCAGAUAUUCAAAUCCAAGUUUAUAGGAUGGGACGAGGUGAUUGCAGUAGAUUUCACUAGGACUGCUGAAUCUGUGAAGAAAACAGGCGUUGAUCUAAUAAAAUGGGCACAACAACAAGAGACUAAAGCAGAUUUAACUGCCCUUUUCACACCUAGGCAACCGCCAAUGCCUCUAUCUGAAGCUCAACAAUUGAUGGAAGAGUGGAAUGAAGAUUUAGAAGCAAUGGAAGCUUUUGUUUUGGAAGGAAAGAAGUUUGUGAGAUUGCCAGAAGAAGAAUUAGGUACAUUCUAUUCCCAAGAUUGUUACGUAUUCUUAUGUCGUUAUUGGGACGAUACUGAUGAAACAGCACCAGAGGAUGAAAUGGAUGAUUUCCAAUGGGUCUGUUAUUUCUGGCAAGGUAGAGAUGCAUCUAAUAUGGGUUGGCUUACGUUCACUUUUACAUUGCAAAAGAAAUUUAAAGCUCUUUUCCAAGAUAAAUUGGAAGUUUUGAGAACAUAUCAACAACAAGAGAACAUGAAAUUCAUGGCACAUUUCAAGAGAAAAUUUAUCAUCAAACAAGGAAAGAGAAAUAAAAAAUCAAAUAAAAAAGAGGUUGAAUUUUAUCAUCUUAGAUCGAAUGGCAGUGCUUUGUAUACAAGAUUAAUACAGAUCCAACCCAAUGCUUCUUAUUUAAAUUCAGCAUUUUGUUAUAUUCUUAAUGUUCCGUUUGAACAAGAAGAUGAUUCUGGUAUUGUAUAUGUAUGGAUAGGUUCUAAAAGUGAUCCGGACGAAGCUAGGUUAAUACAAGAAAUAGCAGAAGAAAUGUUCAACAGCCCUUGGGUGACGUUACAAGUAUUAUCCGAAGGUGAGGAACCGGAUAACUUUUUCUGGUUAGGUCUCGGCGGCAAAAAACCGUACGAUCAAGAUGCAACGUUUAUGGAAUAUACAAGGUUAUUUAGAUGCUCCAACGAAAAAGGAUAUUUUAUUGUUUCCGAAAAAUGUUCAGAUUUCUGUCAGGAUGACUUAGCUGAUGAUGAUAUUAUGAUUCUCGAUAACGGUGAACAGGUAUUUUUAUGGUUAGGAGCUAAAUGUAGUGAAGUAGAAAUAAAAUUGGCAGUAAAAUCUGCCCAAGUUUACAUUCAACAUACUAGAGCUAAACAGCCUGAUAGACCCAGGAAACUACUUUUAACACUGAAAAAUAAAGAAUCGACCAGAUUUACCAAAUGCUUCCAUGGUUGGGGGCUCCAUAAAAAACCCCCAGAAUAGUAUCACAUAUAUAUGUAUUUAUUAUAUAUUUCAGAAAAAUUUUGCUCCAACUAUUUGUUUUAGUAUACCAAAAAAAUUGCUUGAUAUUCAAUUUAUAGUUUAUAUUUUUCACAUUGUAAUAAUUUACUCCAUAUUUAAUUUCAAAUUUAUAGCUAUUAAAAAUCGUUUAUGAAACUUUUUUUUAA